GUAUUCCCUCUCCCCACAUUAACCGAUCACCUUCACUCUGUCUCCGUUUCCUUUCCUCUCCUCUCCUCUCCUCUCUCUCUCUCUCUCUCUCUGCCAAGAAAACCAUCUUGAGAGGGAAGGAAGAACGGGAGGGGGGCAGCAAAAAAAAAAAAAAAAAGAAGAGCAGCCCAGUUUCAUGGAAAUUUAAUUAAUCCCAGCCAAGAAAGUGGGAACCUUUGAUGAGAAAUCGGCCUUAACUGCUAGAUAGAUAGAUAGGAUCAGUGCAGAUGCUCUAACCCUGUAGUUGGUAUGUGCCACCAAAUCCUAUAAAGGAUCAGUAAUCAGUGUACCCCUUUUCUGGUUACAUGUGUUUGGUGGGCGAAAGGUGAGAUUUUUUUAUUUUAUGUUUUGGGGGUUGUGUCGGCUAUGUCAGGUGGUGGGUGUAGCAUAGUGUGGUUCAGGAGGGAUCUGAGGGUUGAAGACAACCCAGCACUUGCCGCCGGCGUCAGGGCAGGCUCGGUGGUGGCUGUGUUCAUCUGGGCACCGGAGGAGGAGGGUCCUUACUAUCCCGGGAGGGUAUCCCGGUGGUGGCUCAAGCAGAGCUUGUCUCACCUUGAUUCUUCCCUUAGGAGCCUCGGGACUGCUCUUGUUGCUAAAAGGUCCACUGACAGUGUUUCCUCCCUGCUUGAGCUUGUGAAGGCCACUGGGGCCACUCAGCUCUUCUUCAAUCACCUCUAUGUUGUUGGCUGUGGUGGUGGUGAGAGAUCAAAUUGAAUGUUUCAACUUUCAAGUAAACUGGGAUUCACCGAGGAUUGAGUGUUGGAGAGAUCCCUUGUCCCUUAUUAGAGACCACCGGGCAAAGGAGGUUUUGACAGCCCAAGGCGUGACAGUUCGAUCUUUCAAUGCGGAUUUGCUGUAUGAACCGUGGGAAGUCAGUGAUGAGCAAGGCCGCCCAUUUACAACUUUUGCUGAUUUCUGGGAAAGAUGCCUCAGCAUGCCUUUUGAUCCGGAGGCUCCACUUCUCCCUCCUAAGAGGAUCAUUUCAGGUGAUAUAUCAAGGUGUCCUUCAGACACACUGGUCUUUGAAGACGAAUCAGAGAAAGGAAGCAAUGCAUUGCUUGCCCGUGCAUGGUCCCCAGGCUGGAGCAAUGCUGAUAAGGCCCUCACUACGUUCAUUAACGGGCCACUGAUCGAAUACUCUGAGAACCGACGAAAAGCUGAUAGUGCCACGACCUCGUUCCUCUCUCCUCAUCUCCACUUUGGAGAGGUCAGCGUGAGGAAAUUAUUUCACUUAGUUCGUAUCAAGCAGGUGUUGUGGGCCAAUGAGGGCAACAAGGCCGGUGAGGAGAGUGUGAACCUCUUCCUCAAGUCCAUCGGGCUGAGGGAAUAUUCUCGCUACAUGAGUUUCAACCACCCUUACAGCCUUGAGCGGCCUCUUCUGGGCCAUCUGAAGUUUUUCCCCUGGGUCGUGGACGAGAAUUACUUCAAAGCAUGGAGGCAGGGUAGAACGGGCUACCCACUAGUGGAUGCCGGGAUGCGGGAGCUCUGGGCCACAGGGUGGCUCCAUGAUCGUAUUAGGGUGGUGGUCUCAAGCUUCUUUGUGAAGGUUCUUCAGCUCCCAUGGAGGUGGGGGAUGAAGUAUUUCUGGGACACCCUUUUGGAUGCAGAUCUGGAGAGCGAUGCCCUUGGGUGGCAGUAUAUCUCCGGGACCCUCCCUGAUGGCCGUGAAUUUGAUCGCAUAGAUAAUCCUCAGUUCGAGGGCUAUAAAUUUGACCCAAAUGGAGAAUACGUCCGUCGAUGGCUUCCUGAACUUGCACGCCUCCCAACCGAGUGGAUCCAUCACCCUUGGAAUGCACCCGAGUCUGUACUUCAAGCUGCAGGGAUCGAACUUGGGUCAAAUUACCCUCUUCCAAUCGUUGGAAUAGAUGCAGCAAAAGCCCAUCUUCAAGAAGCGCUUUCAAUCAUGUGGCAGCAUGAGGCAGCCUCAAGAGCCGCAAUCGAGAAUGGGACUGAGGAAGGGCUGGGAGACUCCUCGGAGUUUGCCCCCAUUGCAUUCCCUCAGGAUGUGCAGAUGGAGGAGGAGAUUGCGCCUGCACCCAGCCCCGAGCCCGCAAGGAACCAUAACCACCUGCCUGGUUCAACCCGCCGGUAUGAGGAUCAGAUGGUACCAAGCAUAACAUCCCUGGUGAGGGCCGAGGAUGAAGAGACAUCCUCAGAUGUUCGGAACUCUGUCGGUGACAGCAGAGGGGAAGUGCCUGCCACGAACAUGAAUGUGAACAUGGACCAUGACCCACCCAGGACGGAUGUCAUGGAGGCAAACAACCCAGGGGCAUUCCAGGCAGUCCGAACAAAUGCCAACAAUCCUCGUCCACAUAAUAACUUCACAAUGGGGAUACAUAGUGCAGCGGAGGAUUCUACUGCAGAAUCAUCAAGCACUACGAGCCGGAGGGAGAGGGAUGGAGGUGUCGUCCCAGUUUGGUCGCCAUCAGCUUCUGCUUACUCGGAUCAGUUUGUGGGAGAUGAGAACGGGAUUGGGGCAUCCUCCUCUUAUUUGCCCAGGCAUCCUCAGUCUCAUCAGAUUGUGAACUGGAGACGGCUAUCUCAGACUGGGUGACCUUACCGAUAGGUCUGAAACGAACAAUCGGGUAGGAGAUAGAUGCAGGAGGCAAAUGCAGAAUGAGGGCAAGGACACGGUCUAACCACCGAAUCUCAGGGUACAUAUUAGCGAUGACAGAGGCGCCGGACUACUCUCGAGUCUGACCUCAUCGACAGUUUUUAACUCCACAGUGCCUCUGAUGCCCUCGAAGCUGUUUCGGGCAGCCGUACUAGUGUCUAAUAUAAAUUAUUUUUGGAUCUUCUAUCCUCUUACCCCUCUUCUUAAGCUCUUGGUUGUAUCAUAUUCUAUGGAGCUGUCCUGUAUAGUGUUGUGCUGUUCUCGUUAGGCGACGAGAGGAGAAGGGUCGUGAUAGGUAACAUUUGUGGUUUUACUAAUAAACCCGAGUCUGCUAUCCUCGUGAUGGUAAUGGUUAUUGGUUCGGCACAUAUUAAUCGCAUCGAAAAUUUAAUUAAACCAUCCACAGGACGAUA